AUGGUGGCAUGUCCAGCGCUCCGAAGAGCCCUGAUACGGGCCAAUUGGCUGGUCAAGAGCCCUGCAGCCGGCCCAGCUUACUACUCAACUGCGGCGCCUACGGACGUGAGCGCGCUCCUCUCCAAGCCAACGUGGUCCGUCAAGUCGCUUCUGCCUGCUUCUCAACAAGAGGACGAUGCCGGGAUCUCGCCGAAGCAGCUCAGACACCUGCUUCGACUCGCUGCCCUCCCACAGCCCGCCUCGCAGGCCGAAGAAGACGAGAUGCUCAAGACGUUGGCGUCACAGAUACAUUUCGUGAAGGAGAUACAACAGGUCGACACCACGGGUGUGACUCCGCUGCGCAGCAUACGUGACGAAACCGCCGACGCUCAGAAGGAGAAUACAAUCGAUCUGGCUCUGUUAAAGUCCGCGUUGGAACGGGAGGAAUUCGUUGGCCGGACCAGGCGCAUUCGUCGUAAACCUGCCGAGAAACUAGAAAAGCCAGACGGCGAGACGUGGGAUGGAGACGCCCUCAAGGCCGCCAGCAAGACCAUGGGCCGCUACUUUGUCGUCCAGACCGGCUCUGACUAG